UAAGAGGAUGGUGCAUGGUGUUGGCUAGCUUUAAGUUAAUUUUCUAUCGCCAGACUGACAAAUGUUGUGCAUCAGGUUCAUCAAUAUAAUUCGGAAUUGAUAGAGAUCCCAGCUCUCAGUUUGUGAAAUUCGUAUGGUAGUCUUUUUACUAAAACUCAAAUCAAAAGCAAUAUAAAAAUUAAGGGAAAUUUCCUAGUAAAUUUUAGAUCAACCUGCGGACCAGCACCACCAUCGAAGACGUAGUCAUGAGUGAACAUAAAAAGAAGAAGACCACAUCAACGAAAAGUAAAACGGACUUUGGACGACAGGUGGACAGCAUGCAGAAUGUGUUGCAAAGGGUCGAAAUGUAUGGGAACAAGCUUAGCGAUCAGAUUCACAAUAUCAAGAAGCUAGUGCGGACCAAUCAAAAUGUCGUGGCCCAGCUGAGGGCCAACGAGAAGACUCUCAAGUCGCUAAUCGAAGAAAGACGGAGACCAGACCAAUCAACCAUCAAACCAUCAAUCAAACCAAACCGUGCGGUCAAGGCGCUCCCCAACGGAAAUGGUGCCUGUGAACAAGGACCUGGAAAGCAACUCCUGAAGACAAAAUCUGUAAGGGUCGUAAACGGGUCCUCCGAAGAAAGAGCUCUAGCGCGACUCCUUGGCGUAAAAACAAAACCUGUCUUGAAUGAAAAUGGUGCCUUAGAGCGAAGACCGAGGACAAAGUCCGUAUUGAGCGAAUAUGGUUGCUGCGAAAAAAGAGCUUCAACGCAACUCCUUGGCAUGACUAGAAAAUCUGUCUGGCAGGAAAAUGGUGCCUGUGAACGAAGAGCUUCAGCGCAACUCCUUGGCGUGCGAAAAAGGAUGAAUUCUAUUGAUCAAGAAAUGGAACGUUUGCGCGCGCCUCGGUCUUGCUUUCCAAUCAAAAUGAGCCCACAUCGUGAGGCUUGCAAGGCGGCCACAUUUGAGAAAAUAUGCUGGACCCAAUGCAAGCCCACGACGGAGGGCUAUUUGCCGCAAAAAGAAGCCAAGGCGGCCGGAUGUUCCACUGACGUAUCAUGGGACAGACAAGCGCUGUAUAAAUCACUCCAAAUUGACUUGGAUAAUCGACAGAGGGGAGGCCGCGAUGCUCCUGCUCCGGCGUCGUUGUAUUCCCUAGAUGGGGAUCUGGUUCGCCAUCAAAAGCUCAUUGAAAGGGUUGAAAACAUUUUGGGGAGCGUUGAAAGUUUGGAAAUCAAAAGCGAGACAGUUUCGGAUGUGAAGAUUCUUUGUAAUCUUGUGAGGAGCGCUCUGAUUCAACGGCAGAGGAGCCUUCAGUUUGGCUGCAAGCAGCCGCGCCGCCGCGAAAACGAUUUCAAUAAAAUCACGUUCUCGAAAGUGUGUCUGACACAUAAAAAUCCGUACAUCUAGAAACAUUUUGAAUCAUAUUUAUAAAUAAUAAAUAAAUACAACAAAUGUAAACUAAUCCGAUUGUUCCUGCACAUGUUAUCGAUAAACAGCAUAUGGAGCAUACAUUUUGGCGCUUUAAGCGCAUGCGCAGACAGCCUCGACUUGUAUAGUCAAUGUCAGACACUUGCAAAACCUAUGGAGACAUUCAGCAUGGACUUGGACUUGGACUUGGAUGUGGCCGGCGCCAGUGGAGGAGCAGUCAGCCAAUACGAGCUCUCCUACGGAGACCAUAUGGACACGUACAACGUUGAGACCUCCGCCGUUCAUCGUAAGCUGCAGAGCAAAGUAGAGGCAUUGAGGAUACUGCGGCUGGAGCUGGAGCAAUUCCGCGUGGAACGGGAUCAGUAUAAGCUGAUGGCAGAGACCCUGCAGCUGCGCUACUCUGCCCUGAAACACAAUAGCGAACUCGUGACCGUGGGCGGCAACGGAUGCGGCCCCCUCAGCCAGAACUCGAGUCUUGCUGCACUGCUACACGAGACCCGGGAGCAGAACCUCAAACUAAACACCGAAGUGGAGGGCUUGAAGCAGCGGCUGAACGAGAUUCAGGGAGACAUGGAGCUGCUGCGUGAGACAGAAGCCACCAACAAGGCUCGGGUGCAGGCCAUGGCCAGCGAGAAUGCGGCACGCAACAAAGAGGAGCUGCAAUGGAGGCGGGAGCGGGCCAACUUCAUUUGCCAUCUGGAGAAUCUGAAGAAGAAAAACGCGCAGCUGGCGUUUGAUUUCAAGGCGAUCAUUGACGAAAAGGAGGAACUGAUUACAGAGCGGGAUGCGUACAAGUGCAAGGCGCAUCGCCUAAAUCACGAACUAUUUGUGGCCCUCAGGGCCAAGAAAACGCAUCCCAAGCUGCUCGAUAUUGAUGGCGUAUUGUUGGAGAACAAGUACCUGCAUGAACGUGUUAAAAUCCAGGAGGGCGAGCUGGAUCUAACCAAACAGAGCAUUUCCAAAUAUAAGUCCAUGUUAGAUGCGAAGCGCAAAAAAGGAAUUGUGAAACUUGGCGGCGGCACCAGCACAAACGACGAAACCAUAUUGAGCCCCAGGCAGGUUAAGACAAUUCUGGAAAGCGGCAUUGAUUUGCCACAGAAAACGGAGACCAUACAUGACCUGAAAUCCUUGUGCUUGGCAUUACUCGAUAACCUGAACGACAAGAACCUGGCUCUAACGCAUCAGAAAAAGACCAACAAAAUACUCGCUGGUAAAAUGACAGACUUGGAGCAACGCUGGCAGCAACUCCUGGCCGGGGAUGCAGAUAGUGCUGAUGCGGAUCAGGAGGAUGAUGAGGAUUACGGCUAUGCCCCCUCGCAGCUCCUGCUCAAUGGCUACUGCGCCGCUAUGGUUGAUGACAUAGACAUUAGCAGCAUUCCGUCCAGUGCUCCAGAUAAUGCUGGCGGCACUCUGACUCCGGAACCGGAGGAACACAACAAGCACAAACCAAGUGACUGCAAUGGGAUCGAGACGCUGCAGCAUUCUGACGAUGGCUUGUCAUCGCUGUCAGCUGAAUCGGUGGACUCAUCCGUCUACGAAGUGGAUGUGCAGAGGGAGGACUUCCAUAAAUCAUCGUCGGCCACCACAGACUCCGGCAACUGUGGCUUUGGCACCCGCAGCAAUGGUACGCCGCGCAUUUCCAGCGCUGUGGCCCGAGAGCGAAUGGAAGAUCUUAAGGACUUGCCACCGCAUUUGGCCACCUUGGUGCAGAAGGCACUGCAUGAGCUAGACCUGCGCGAUUACGAGGCAUUGGUCACUAUAAGAGCAGAGAAUGUGGCCUCUAUUAUCCAUUAGUAGCAAAAUCUAGUCCCAUAUUUCUAUAUAUUUUCCCCAAGACAGGACUUUAAUAGAACCAUAUCGUAAAUGUUGA